AUGCCUUUCAAAGGUUUCGCGCAGCUAGAAAACAUUUGUAAAGCGUCUUCAGAAGUUGCUUCACUUAACUUUACUUAUCAUAAUGCGCGUUUAGCUGCUCUUUUAGAGUCUGGCGGGAGUAAAAAGUCGAUUCGAGAUGCUGCGCCCCACGAAAGAAAAUUGUUUACUUUUGUAGAUGAACUUGGAACAAAGUCUCGACAGGAAUUAGAACAACCUACUCCUUUACGUGGUCCUGGUCCUAUAACUGUGGAUAAACUACUCCGAGCAGCAAACGUGCUAGCUCAGAUUUGUGAUCUUCAGGAUGUAAAGGAAAGGAUUGAAUCUUUGGCACAACAAUAUGAAGAAAUCACUUCCUCAAUCGAUAGUUUGGAAUCCAUCAAGGAAAAGCAAAGAAUAAAUUUUGAAAAACUUAAAUUGGCGGUACAGGCGAGGAGUUCGAAACGGUCAAACGAAUGCAUAGUUAAUUCAAAUGAAGAUGAAUUAAAAACCCAAAAAUACCUAGAAGAAAGGAUUAAUUUGGCCGAGGAUGAAUUUAAAAACCAAAAAAGUCCGGAAGAGUCAUUUUCGGCAUCGGCCCUCAAUCAAGAUCAAGGAAAAUUCAAUGAGUUGGAAUAUGACAAUGUUAUCAUCAAGGGCAUAAACGAUAUAAUGAUUAAUAAUUGUAUAUUCAAGCACGAUCAAAGGGACACAUCAAUUCCUAUUCCCUCACAACAAACGAUAUUAGGUGCGAUGGUUCUGCAGAUUAUUCGCGAUACGAAUGAGCUUACUCUUAGCGAGCUCAAGAUCAAAAUUGGAGAAUUUUCACGUGAAAUUGGAUUAUCAGAAGACCAAGGUGUCCGUGCUAUUUAUACUCUACUUGCAAAUAAACUCAUAACUAUUGACCGAUCAAAAGGAAGUUAUCAAUCGGUUCGAUCAUUCUAG